AUGGAUUCCUGUUCGUUAACUGUCUGCUCCGAUGUGAAUUCAGCGAAUUCACUGGAGUUGGAAACCGUGUGUUCUGAGCAGUUAGCAUAUUCAGACGAGGCCAGGGACUUUUCAGACCGCCUCAAGGUUUGUCAGUUCCAAGUACAAGUAUUUGGGAAAUUCGCCCUGAUCUACCCUGAUCAGAAAAUACCAGGCGAUGGUGGUUGGACAGCUAACCCAAACGAUGAGAGCUCAGCACCAAGUCUGACGAUAGACCUGGGACACAGGGCCCGGGUCGUUGCUGUGGCAACACAAGGUCGAUACAACAGCAAUGAGUUUGUUAAAGCUUUUAAGUUAGCAUGCAGUAAUGAUGGUGAAAAAUGGAACUUUGUCCUAGAAAACCAAGCUGAAAAGACGUUCCAAGCUAAUACCAACAAUGAUGAUGUUAUAAAAAUAUCAUUACCAGAACCUGUGGAGGGCCGUUACAUUCGCUUUUUGCCAACAAGUUAUAAUAACAUGAUUUCAAUGAGAGUAGAACUCUUUGGCUGUUUAAUGGAUGCACAAAGCGCAUCAUUUGAUGGAUCUAACUACCUCAGAUGGGAUCUUCGUUCCGAAAGUGAAAUGUUAAAUCUUGAGGAGGAGUUGAUUGAUAUCCAGUUCCUAACAAUUGAGCCGACUGGAAUCAUUCUGUCAGCCGAUGGCACACAAGGAGAUUUCAUAAUGAUCACCAUGGAGGAUGGAAAAUUACACCUCUCUCUUAAUAUAGGUAGUAACCCGCUAUAUGCUGCAGGCACAUUGAACAUGGAAGUUGGAAGUUUGUUGGAUGAUGGUCAUUGGCAUAGCAUGAGAUACAUGAGAGUUAAUCAUGAUAUCACUCUUCGGCUUGAUGGUUUGAAGGUCAAAGGAAAGCUUUCCAGUGACUUUGCCAAACUAAAUCUAGACAGAGAGAUGACAGUUGGCGGUGCAUCAGACAGAGCCAAAGGUAGUCAUAGAAUCAAGCAGAACUUUAAAGGUUGUCUUCAGAAUGUUCGUAUCAGUAACACGGUGAACCCAAACCUCCUGGGUAUCUCUCUUGAUUUCAUAUCAGAGGUUGAGGUAGGAGGAAGGCGAGCAUUCUCAUCAGUUGGUGAAUUCUUUGCUGGCUGUAUCAGCGAAGAUACCACCUCGUUAACCUUCCCUACUGAGGAGUCCUAUCUCAAGUGGCCUGUUUCUACUUCCAGUAACAACUUCACGGUUCAUAUACGAUUUCGAACCUUUGACGAUGACUCACUGAUGCUAUACAAUGCACAGGGAUCUAACAACUAUAUUGGGUUAGGUGUGAGGGACUCUCAGUUUGUGGUCAUUAUAAAAAAUGGUCCUGACGCUGUGGAUGUGCCAGCUGCUGUGUAUGUGAAUGAUGGACUGUGGCACAGGGUGAGGGUUGAAGUCGCUGGUGGUAAAGUCCACAUUACUGUAGAUGAAAACAAACAGUCAACUGCCUACAACACUGGCUUUGUUUCUACAUCCACAGAAUUUUAUAUUGGUGGGACUGUAUUUUCAAGAACAGAGACAGCAUACCUACCAGGAUUCCGUGGAUGCAUCAGUCAGAUUCAUCUCCUGGAUAAUGAUGUCAACAUCACUAGUCUAGAAUCAACCACAAUGCCAGAAGGUGUUAUCAAGAAUGAUAUCCAGGUUGAUACCUGUGCACUCUUUGACUGGUGUAGUCCAAAUCCUUGUGAACAUGGUGGCAGCUGUUCUUCUGAUUGGCACACCUUCGUCUGUGAUUGCCAUGGAACAGGAUAUACUGGAGCGGUAUGUCACACAAGUAGUAAUGAAGAGCUCUGUGUUAAUCAAUUCAUAUCGGGAGAAACACAGAUUGAUACAGACGGCAGUGGUCCCAUCAUGCCUCUAUCAGUACGCUGUACUAUUGAAGAUGUUGGUUCUGGUGUGUAUUACAAAUGGACUGAGAUCAGUCACAACAUGGACAAGGAAGAAAGGAUAGAUAUACCAAACGGAUUUGAAGCUGCAGGAUCUUUCAUGCAGAAGAUAGAAUAUGCUGCUACUAUAGAACAGAUUGAGAAUUUGAUAGAACAAUCAGAGGAGUGUGAACAAUUUCUCAGUUACCAGUGCACAAAUGCAAAGUUGCUCAAUUCACCAAAUGGAUCUCCAUAUGGUUGGUGGGUAAACAGAUAUGAUCAGAAGAUGGAGAGCUGGGGUGGUGCACCUGCUGGAACAGGAAGGUGUGCAUGUGGUAUUGGAAUGGUAUGCGCACCUGAUAAUUCCAAAUACUGUAACUGCGAUGCUGCAUCUACAAACAAUGGUGUUGAUGAGGGCAAACUUACCGAGAAGAAGUAUCUACCUGUAACACAGCUAAGGUUUGGUGAUACUGGUGAUUCAGGAUCAUCUGCUUCAUACAAGCUUGGGAAGCUUAGAUGUCGAGGAGAUGUGAGUCUCACCAAUGUUGUAAGCUUUGUUAAACGAGAGGCUCAUCUAGCUGCCCACAUGAUGACCACCCCACAGGGUGCCUUAGAUGUUGCCUUUGACUUCAAGACAACAGUAGAUCCAUCAGAUCCUAAUGAUCCAGCCACUGCUGCAGUCUUUGUUGCAGCUGAUGCAGAGAAAGAAGGGCUAAUUGAGGUAAAGUUGGUGAAUGCGCGCACUGUGCAGCUCCAAUUUGAUUAUGGUGCAGACAUGAUGACCAUCAGUGUGACAGUACCCGACCCACUCAAUGAUAACGAUUGGCAUUCUAUUGAAGCAAACUUUGAUCGCAAGGAGGUGUGGCUGAGGGUAGACAGAGAACCAGUAGAGAAGAUGAUCUUAGAACGACCAGAGCUUAUACUGGAGCUCACUGGCCCAGUCUAUAUAGGUUCCUCAACAGUCCAAUCAGAUGGCUAUGUAGGAUGUAUGCGUAAGAUGAGGAUAAACGGCCAGCUGGUUGACAUGGCAACCAUGGCUGAGAAUGCUAAAGAUGUUCAUGAAGGCUGUGUUGGUCAAUGUUCUACAGAACCAUGCCUGAAUGGAGGUACAUGUAUGGAGAAAUACGACACUGUAGAAUGUCAAUGUGAUGAUACAGCUUUUGGCGGUACCUAUUGCUCUGUGGAGGUUGGUGCCGAGGUGACAAAUGGAGCCAGUAUUUCCUACUCAUUACCAGAUGAACUGAAAUAUGCAGAAGAGAUGGAUACGAUCAGUCUGGCCUUCAAGACCGAUCAACAAAGAGCUCAGAUCUUCAGGGUAGAGAACACUAAUGAUGGAAGCUAUAUUGAUCUAGGGCUUGAUGACUCAGGGCAUGCUGUGUUGAGAGUAAGGCUUGACAGUGGAAAUGAGGAGACCCUAAGAGAGAUGAAAGAUUUUGCUGACAAUAAAAACCACUUUGUUGAAAUCACCAGGAACAUGAAAGCAAUACGUUUUCAGGUUGAUGAUUAUGUUCCUCAGACCACGGAAGGCCAGGCCUUCACAGCGACAUCAUUUACUCCAGCAGAUAUUUUUAUUGGACACUGGGGUACCAGUGGGAAUACCUUCAUUGGUUGUACAUGUAUAUCCCGAGUUCAAUUCAAUGGCAUCAAUCCACUCAAGCUUUACUUCAGUAACCCCCGACCUCAGGGAGUGGUAGGGUCAGGGUUAAUUAGCCAGUCAAGAUGCGGCAUAGAGGAAGAGAUACCCAUGUUCUUACCUACCGAGGAGUAUCCACCAACUGAACCACCCAAGGUCACUCAGUUUGUACCUUCAGGAGCUCCUGUCAGCUCAGAUCUAGCACCUGGAGAUAAAGCCGCCAUUGCAAUUGUGGUGAUCCUUCUUCUUCUUGCAUUGUGUCUUCUUCUCUUCCUCAUCGGUCGUUACACAUCACGUCAUAAAGGAAUGUAUUCAACCAAUGAAGAUAAAGGAGCUAAGAAUGCCCGCAAUGCUGAUGAUGCUGUGGCAUUACAAGGCUCAAAGAGAAGUAAAGAAUACUAUAUGUAGUCUCGUCACUUAUCAAUCAGACCUCUUGUUUUUAGGUUCAAUUUUGUUCCGGUGUUUGCAUAAUUGGAGGAAUGAUUAUUUUCAUUCUCCGUUUUGAAGCAGUACAGUUUACUUUUUGCUCUUUCAAGAGGGUCAGUGCCAUUUGCUCUUGUGAUUAGUCAUCUGCAUCCCAUUGCAAACCAAAACUCCAUCAUUACCUUAAUCCUUCCGGUAGAUUCCCUUAAAAAAAGUAUCAACUGUCUGUUUUGGAGAUGAACAAAUCCCUCUUCUAUUCCAUUCUCUCUUGUCCUCUCUUUUUAAUUUGUUUGCUACUUGUAGAGGGACAGUCUUUCCCCCCUUGCAUAGGUAUGCUUAAGAAUCCCUUGUCUUCAGAAAAACAGCAGUACUUAUUGUAGGAGCAAAUGACAUGGCACCCUUUUACGAUAAAAAGAUGCCUAUGAUGAUUAUCAAUAAACUAUUCUUUCUAGUGACGAUCAAGUGAACAAUAUCAGAAUGUCAAGUUAUCAUGGUUGCUAUUGAUUAGUAUUCUCAGGUAUUCCUAAUCAUGCCAUGUGGACUUGAAAAUUAAUUGUUAUAUUGGAUAUAGAUGUACAUUUUUACAAUAGUCAAAGGCUUGAAUGGCAUUCAAAACCCUACACAGCAGUAGAUAUCAGUAAAAGCAUCAUGAUACUGGUCACAUUUGUACCUGUCAGUGUUCACUCAAACAUCAUAUGAAGACAGUGAUGGGGUGAUGUUAUCUUUUACCUAAUAAUGAUAAGUUUUAAAGAUAAAUGAAAUCAGAAUAAAGAUUCAACUCAAAAUGUUUCUGAUGGUGUUCUGUUGAUUAUUUUUUCUGUAGUAAGAGAAAACUUUUAGAAUGUUUGUCAGUUUUCAUAUUCCCCGUAGCUAAAAAAUAUCUUCAGAAAAUAACAUUUUUUAUAUAAUAAAAAACCAGUAUUGUACAAAUAAUACACAUCAUGGAGGGCAUUAGUAAGAAUUGCAUGCACGAGGUAGCUUAGGAACAGUUCUACCAUGCCCAAGGUAUAGCUGAGGGUGUUUGGACUGUUUCAAUGGUAAAAAAGUGUGGGUAAUUACUAUAAUGCUUGAGCAAAAUGAUGUGCAUUAUUUGUUUUAUAGGGUAGUGAUAUGGAUUUUGUUAUUUCAUAAAACAUCCUCAUCUAAAAUACAUGACUGGUCAUUAUACUCUACUCAUGACCCCUCAUCACUGCUCACUUAUCUACUACAUGUAAGGCAGAAAAAGGCCAUGUGCACAUGUUCAAGCAAUCUAAAGGAUCGAUCUACUUAGUGAUCUUAUAAUGUUAAAUUUAUUUCAUACUAUUUGUAAAGAGGUGUGACAGUGAUAUAUAUGAGAUGUACAUAUUCGCAUUUGUUGCUUAGUUGGACUUCACUCUGUCUGUUCAGUGCAUUAUUUCUACUAAGUAUUUUGCACUUUGUUUUAUGUCAAGUAAAAUGACAGUUUAUCACUGUAAUGGUAGUAAUGAUAAUGUUUUUAGUUGUUGAAAUGUUAUAGAUCCUACACAGAAUGCCAUUGACAGUAACAAUGCCUACUCUUGAAUAAUUUAACAUGCCAUAGUUCUCAUGCAAGUAUUAUUUUCAUAUUAAAUUUGUGCAGAAGAUGCUAUAAUUAUCAGUUAUUGUCAACUCCAUCAAAGAGUACUGAGAUACAGUUAUUUUAACUGUAGCUAAUAACCUUAGCUAUUGAUCAAUUCUAAUCAGUUUUUCUGUACAUACUGCCUGAGAUAUUCAUAUCAGACCCCCCCCCCACCUUCUGUUUCUAUAUAUUGUAUUCAAUCUUUGCCUCAGUGAUAUGGUGCAAAUUAUAUUUAUUCAGAAUGAGGAUGACUGUACAUAAUUCAUGAAGAUUUAGUGUACAUAGAAGUUUUUGCAAAUAUUAAUACAUUUUUUUACAGUGAAAGAGUAUUGAUGAAAUAGGUAUUAAUGCUAUGUAAACUAUUUGUAUAUCUGGUUCAACUUAUUUUAGAUAAAAAUAUAUGCAUUUUGUAUUUGUGACUGUAUUUGAAAUGAAUUUCAAGAAGCUGAAUGCAAGAUAUUGAAAUUGUUGGGCUGUGAUAGUAUUUUACCUCUUAAUAUAGCUGAAGGAAGCAAGUAUUUUGGCUGAAAUUUGUUCACCUACUCUGAGAAAGUUAGGAUUGAAAAAAAAUAGUUACUUGUUAAUGUUUUGCAUACUACAACAAUAUUUUCAAGUUUGCUAUAUAUGUUGGUUGUAUUAAUUUAUUUGGCAAUUGAUUAUGUAAUGUCAAAAACUGCAAAUAACAGGGAUGUUAUCAUUGCACUUCUUCAAAUGCACAUGAUAUCACUGAUGAAUAAUUAUAGCAAUGAUCUGCUAAUUUGUUACAUUGGACCUCCUGCACCCACCUGAUCGCAAACUAUACUUGCUAUUGUACCAGUGUGAAAGCAAAGUCAUUCUAAAAUCCAAGAAAGAAAACUUGUGCAAAAUGGGAUUCCUUGAAGAUCUAGUGCAGAUUUGCAGUGUGAAAGCAAAUUACAAGAACUUUUGGUAUGAGGCAAGAAGAAUGCAUGUCUUUUGAAAAGGAAUGCAAGAGUCUUGUUGAUUACCCUUGAAUAUUAGAAAUUGAUCUGGUUUAGGGAGAUGUGAAUGCAUGGGAUAAAUUAUCAAGUGUUUUGAGAUAUGAAUGGAUUCUUAAGAUUAAUGUGUAUUUUUGUGAUCAGUCAGGUGUAAAAGCAUAUCCAGGGUCAAGGGACCUUGAGCUUAUUUUGGAAAUCCCUACCAUGAGCACUCGGCUGGUGAGCAAUUUUAGCACAAAUGCUGUGCUUCACUCUAUUAAGCACCAUCACAUUAGUAUUGUCUUGUAGAAAUGCAGUCAAAAGCACUUGUUGAAUGGCUCAUAGUGAUUUCCCUGUAAUCUGUAUUCAAUUAAAAAUCAUUAUUAUGUUGGAAGUUUUUUAACAUUAUUUUGAAAUUCUGGGAUUAUGAUGGAUAUUUUUUUUCAUAUUCUGCAAUCAUUACUAAAUUGAAUAAGGUAUUCAAUACAGUAAAGUGAUUUGUGUACUGUGUUGUUUUCUUCAUAGCAAGAAAUAUUUAAAGCAGAUCUUUACAUGUAAUAGAACUAGCCAACACCUUGAUAGAAAUUCAGAUAAAUUUUUAUAUAAAUGGUUUACUUACUCUUUCAAUACUUACACAUUAACAAGUAUUUCAGCAUUCUCUCAUUGUUUACUUCUUAGAUAUAUCUCUUUUCCAGAUGUUGUAAAUCUUACUUAGUUUGUCAGAAAAUAUAUGGGGUUUUUAAAAGCAUAUUUCAUCUGCAUUUUUUAACAAGGAAUAGAUUUUCAACUAAUCUAUAUUUGGUUUUAAUUCUCUACCGAGCUAUAUUUCUUCAAUGUUUGAAUUAUAUGUUUUCAACAAUUAUUUGGUCAAUGCUGUCAUUAAUUUUUUUUGAGGGGUAUUAAAGUUUGUAAUAGAUAUUUUCAAGUGCUAUUCACAUUAUUCAUGCUAAUAUUUCUUUCGAAAUGAAACUAGAGACUGAAAUAUGUUUUGCCAUUUUAAGAACAAUUGGUUUGUGCUUUCAAAAGAACAAUUUCCAUGCCUUAAUGCUAGUUUAUUUAUUUAUGGGCUGUUUUUCAUAACAUCUGUGCAAGUAUUUAUCAGAAGGUCCCAAUUUAUGUAUUUUAGAAGGUUCCAAGUUUAUAAUGAUUUUGCAAUAUAAACAAAUAAUUGUAUUUUAUUUGUGAAUUAUUUUGUCAGUUCAGAAAUUUAUUACGAUCAAAUAGUACCAGAAAUAGUAUUGUAAAGCGAAUUUAUGUAUAACUACAGAAAGAUAGUGUGAGAUUCAAUUGAUACUCACCAUUUGGUUGUCAGUCGUUUGAAUGAUAUAAAAUCUGCUACGUAUUUUCCCCCAAAGUGCUAUAUAUUUCAUGAACAGCUUUACAAUAUCAAAUUGAGAUCGUACAUGGUCGGUAUUUAAUUCAUUAAAACAAUUGUACAAUGCAUAAUAUGUGCUGCUAGCCUUGCUAGAUUUUGUUUGUCACUCAAGUUACUUGCCCUGAUCCUUUGUUCUCCAUUUUCUUCUGAAGUGGUUUAUCAUUAGUGGUAUGUUCUUUGUUAAAUGAAGGUGCCCUUUUACCAUGUGAAGUAAAGAGCUACUAAGGUUGCUCGCAUUAAACCAGAGUGAUUGCAAAUUAGGAGUGACAAUGGAAUGAGUUUGGCCCACCAACAGAACUUUGGAAGAGUCCAUUCCAAAUAUAAGUGGAUGGGUUGUGGUGUAAUUUAUAAUAAAUUCAGAAUAUCUACAAAUACACCUGGGUCGUGUAAAACAAAUGUUUGUUAUCAAUCACAAAAUAACAGUGUUAGAUCAAGAGCAUUGCACUGCAUGCUCAUUUUGGGUGAAAACAAUCUGCCAUUGCAGGAAGUGUUGUAAUGAAAUUUCCAAAAGAAAACUUGAACUUACAAAAAUCAGAAGCAUGCAUUUUGAUGUGUUGACUUUUUUUUUCUUCAUUUAAACACAAUUCUUUCAUCCGGGUCCAGAAAUUUUAAUUGUGAAUUAUCAUAAAUUUUUGCAUUACAGGGCCGAUAUAACAAUACAAACAGGAUGAAAAAGUCUACUCCUUAUUUCAUAAGAUGAAAAAUUCAGCAAUAAUAACGAUGCUUAUAUUGCAAUUUUUAAACGAAGGCUAUUUUAAUACAGGGUGAAGUAUAUAAGAUGCAAUUUCAACAUAUUUUAAUAACAGUGAUUAAUUAUUAACAAAAUGUAUUGUAUUCUUAGAUGGACUUCUUGAUAUUUUGUUGUAGUGAGUGUGGCAUUUUUCUUUAGCCUCAUGAAUGUAAACACAUGUUUACAAACUGAUUUAUUUGUAUAUUUUGCAUUGAAUUUGUGUUUGUAUGUAUAUAAUUUUGUUAGUGUUGCAUCACAUAUUAUUAUAGCCCUGUGAAGUUUACACCUCUGUGAAACUGUGUAUUGUAGAUAGACUUCACCAUGGCUUAUUGUCUAUUUUUGUAGAAUAAAAAACAUUUCUACACUUGAAAGUGAUAAGAUUAUUAUGUCAGACUUCCUGCCAUAUGCAUUGUUUUUAUUCUUUGCCAAAUUUCCAAAGUAUUCAAGAUGUGCUGGUCAUCAAUUGUAGAAAGAGAGAUUUACAUUGGCUUGGAUUUUGUGAUCUGUUUGAUUUAUAUAAAAAUGAACAAGGUAGCCACUAUUGAUGUAGUCUGAAAUUCUAAGGUUCAAAAUAGAUUUCCUCCAUAACUGCAUGAUGCUAAGAGUGUUUACUUAAAUUCCAAAUCUUUCGUACUAAGGCAACUGAUGAAAAUAUGUUAAAGAGUUUUAUUUGCUUUUAAACUUUUAUCAAAACGACAUAAAUUCUCUCAAGAAUCACAACUUAUUCAAUUUACCCGACAAUUUUGGAUUUGAUUAAUGGACUUAUAUUACUUUUAUUUACCCAUUUUUCAGAUGUGAAAGAUGUUAAUUCAAGGUCAACCACAAAUUGCACAAAAUAUUUGUAAGAUAUAUUGUGUUAAGCAACAUUUCAAGAGGAAAUUAUUUUUGUUCAUUUGUCAAAUGUAUGUUAGUGAUAUAUGUUUUUGCUGUGCCUAUAAUUUAACAAAUUGGUACAGAUCAAACUAAUAAAUGAGGGAUAGAUGGAAGAAAAAUAAUUAUCAUAUCACAACUA